CUGUAUGAGGGGUCUCUGCCCGAGUCUAGGUUCAAGACAUUAGCAUGUGUGUGUGGUGUGUAUGUGUCCAGUGAAAUUUACCCCGAGACGGACUGAGGCAGUUUUUGACCGUACCAAUAUGUGUGGCCUAUAAAUAUAUUAUUUUAACCCCGGCGGAAUCGUCUAAUGGGCACAACAAUAUCGAAAAUGAGGGAAUAAUCGGAGGAGACAAACGGCGAGGCUCGUCUGCAGCUAACGUUUUGUUAAACUGCGAGUGGGAUCACAGCUGCUGGCGACGAAAAUGUCGGGAAAAAUAGAGAGCAAGCAAGACUCGCGGUCCCAUCUGACCUCUUUCACCAUGAAACUGAUGGACAAGUUCCACUCUCCCAAGAUCAAGAGGACUCCAUCCAAGAAGGGCAAGCAACUGCAGCCCGAGCCAGCAGCCAAGAGUACUGAGAAACCUGCGAACAAGAAGGUUAGUCGGCUGGAAGAGCACGAGAAGGAGGUGGUCAGUGCCCUGCGCUACUUCAAGACAAUCGUGGACAAAAUGGUCGUGGAGAAGAAGGUGCUGGAGAUGCUUCCAGGUUCGGCCAGCAAGGUGCUUGAAGCCAUCCUGCCUCUGGUUCAGGUAGAGGCCCGGAUACAGCACAGUUCGGCGCUAUCUUCCUGCCAUAACCGUGUGUAUCAGAGCCUGGCCAACCUUAUUCGUUGGGCAGACCAGGUGAUGCUAGAUGGUAUUGACUUGGAGGACAAGGAGAAUGUGGCGUCUGUCACUAGCGUCAUCAAAGCCGUGCUGGAUGGAGUAAAGGAAUUGGUGAAGCUGACCAUAGAGAAACAGGAGCAACCGUCGCCCACCAGCCCGAACAAACCAGCACCACCUGCUACCACAGCAGAGAGCGUGUCAUCGGAGAUGCCCUUGAUAGAUCGAGAGCCAGAGGUCUCGAAAAAGCCAGCUCCGGCAGCUACUCCCGUGGAGGCUGCCUCAGACAUACCAGAAGAGGACGUGGCCCCUCCAAAACCCCCCCUUCCUGAAGCCAAAAUGGCAGAGCUCAGAGCACAGUUGAGUGCUGACGCUGGCCAAAGGAGACCCUCUCAGAAGGAGAACCCUCCGCCAGCUCUUCCCCCUAAGAAGCGUCAGUCUGCCCCUUCGCCUACACGGGUUGCAGUUGUUGCCCCGAUGAGCCGCGGCUCCAGCCUGCCCUGCAGCGUCCACAGACAGCAACAGGACUAUGAGCAGGAGUUCCUUCAGAGGCGUUUCUCUGGGGGGAGCCAGUCCUAUGGGGGCGACUCUCCACGCCUGUCUCCAUGCAGCAGCAUGGGGAAACUUAGCAAGUCCGAUGAACAGCUCUCCUCCAUGGAGCAGGACAGUGGUCAGUGUUCUCGUAACACCUCCUGUGAGACGCUUGACAACACAGAGAAUUACGACCCGGAUUAUGACUUCCUCCACCAGGAUUUGUCAGCUGGGGAGAACCUGCCCCCAGUACCCGUAGGAGGGUGCCUGAGCCCCUUGCCUGAGUCUCACAGCGAGUCCUCUUCCCCGGUCCCUGGACAGCAUCCAUCACAUCCCCGCUUCAGUGCUCCUCCAGCACAGCAGCAGCCAGAAUACUGGACACCGCAGCCCAAUCCCAUACAGUCCUACCGCGUCAGCGCGCCCCCUGCCCUUCCCCAGAAGAAGCGACGCAGCACCCAGCCUUUCCCUGAUGUAGGGUCCAGGGUGCUGUAUGAGCGCUACCCCUCCCAAUAUGACAACUUGUCAGAAGAGGAGCUCCACCCUACACCGCCAUUCCCCCUUUUCACACCCAUCUCACCCAUGCCCCAGACAAAUGGGGGCGUGUUUGUCACCCAGUAUAUAACCAGCGAGAAUGCAGAUGUCCCCGUUAGCCCGCCGCCGCUGCCAGAAAAGAAAAGCAGACACAUCCUCCAGUACAUGCAGUUUGUGGAAGACUACUCCGAGCCACAACCCUCAGUUUUCUACCAGAUGCCACAGAGCGAGAGCAUCUACGAGCAGCGCAACAAGCGCUUCCAGGAGGUCUACGGCUUCAACGACUCCUUCAGCAGCACCGACUCCGUCCACGAGCCGCUGCUGCCUCCAGCAUUGCCGCCGAAACAAAGGCAACUGGCCUCCCACUCUUCCUCCCCCUCUUCCUCCUCCUCCUCUUCUCUCUCCUGCCACCUCCAGCCGUCUGUAGCGGCCAUGGAGGAGGCAGGCUCUGGGCUGGGCCUCAGCAUGUCUGUUUCUAACUCCUACCUGAUUGGCCAAGCUUCCUUGACCGCACCCACGAGUUUGGACCAGGUUGCCUUGACCAAUGCCACCAUUCUGGAUGGCAGCGGGGGUGGGCCCAACGGUUCCCUGGCUGGCUCAAUGGGCUCUGUGGCUGUCUGUCUUCCUUCUGAGUCUUCUCUCACUGACUCUCUCCACACCUCAGCGAGCGAGAGCGCAAAUGAUGAAGGCGGGGAGGGGGAGUACGUCAACUUGUACUCAUCCAGCCAGGCCAAUGGGGAGCUGCCUCGCUCCCUCAGAGAAACAAUCACACCCGACAAUGUACUUCAAGACCCCACCCCUCAGAUGCCAUCCACCAACAGCAAAGAGGCUUUAGACAAGGAAAGACCACAUCAACUCUAACCAAUCGUUUUCCUCUCCUGCUUUGAAUCUCAUCCUCCUCUUUCUAACUCUCUGUCUUUCAUUUUCUCCAAUUUUUUGCACCUCCCUUGCUCUCUUUAAUCUUCCCAGAAUGAUGAUGGCCCUGACGUUCGUGCUGGAUCGGGAGAUAUUCUAUUAGUCCACGCUACAGAAACGGAUCGCAAAGAUCUUGUUUUGUACUGUGAAGCCUUUCUAACUACGUAUAGGACUUUUAUAACCCCUGAGGACCUCAUUAAGAAGCUACACUACAGAUACACUAGGUUCUGCCACAGCCCAGACACCUUCAAGAAGCGAGUCAGCAAGAACACAUUCUUUGUGCUGGUUCGUGUGGUGGAUGAACUGUGCUUGGUGGAGCUGACAGAGGACAUCUUGAAACAGCUGAUGGACCUGGUGUUCACGCUGGUGUGCAAUGGCGAGCUCAGCCUCGCCCGUGUGCUCCGAAAGAACAUCCUGGAUAAGGUGGAGCAGAGGAAGCUGCUGCGCUACACUAACUCCCUCAAGCCGCUCGCUGCCCGAGGCGUCUCUGCAAGGCCUGGAACUCUCCAUGACUUCCGCAGUCAUGAGAUCGCCGAUCAGCUCACUCUUCUUGAUGCUGAGCUCUUCUAUAAAAUUGAGAUUCCCGAGGUGCUGCUCUGGGCCAAGGAGCAGAAUGAGGAGAAGAGUCCCAACCUGACUCAGUUCACAGAGCACUUUAACAACAUGAGCUAUUGGGUCCGAUCUUUGAUAAUUCAGCAGGAGAAAGCCCAAGACCGAGAGAAGCUGCUUCUCAAGUUCAUCAAGAUAAUGAAGCACUUAAGAAAGUUGAACAAUUUCAACUCCUACCUGGCAAUACUGUCUGCCCUGGACUCUGCCCCCAUCAGGAGAUUGGAGUGGCAGAAACAGACCUCAGAGGGAUUGGAGGAAUAUUGCACGUUGAUUGACAGCUCCUCCUCCUUCAGAGCAUACAGAGCUGCUCUGGCUGAGGUGGAGCCUCCGUGCAUCCCGUACCUGGGUCUCAUUCUGCAGGACCUGACCUUCGUGCACCUGGGUAACCCUGACCUCAUUGACGGGAAGGUCAAUUUCUCCAAACGCUGGCAGCAGUUCAACAUUCUAGACAGCAUGCGGCGCUUUCAGCAAGUGCAUUACGAGCUGAAGCGCAACGAAGACAUUGUCUGUUUCUUCAACGACUUCAGCGACCACCUGGCAGAGGAGGCCUUGUGGGAGCUGUCGCUGAAGAUCAAGCCCAGGAACAUCACCAGGCGCAAGACGGAACGCGAGGAGAAGACAUAGGGCCCUGUGGGCCUCCGAGACUGACCUCCAACUGUGCUUCAUGACACUAACUCCACUUUACUACAGACUGAGAGAAAGACGGAAGCUAAUGGGAAUCUCAUUGUGUGGGAGGGGGGGGGGAUGGGAUGCAGAACAAACUACAGACAACUGAAACGUGGCCCAAGGUUUACAAAGAGCUCGGCUGCUCUGGGAGUUUUUAAUUGGGAUAUAACUGUGGCUGCGGUGUUUAGACGGGGAGAGAUGCAGUGACAAUAGGUGAAACAAGAGGAAGCCUGGUGCUAAGGAAGCGUGAAGAAUCACACAGAGCGGACAGGGAGACGCUUUGGAAAUGACCAAAGUCUGCUCCCUGGGCUCUCUGUUUUUGAGAGUGGCGCUGUUGCGUGUGUGGGAGAUUGAGUUGAAUGGUCCAUCACUCUCUGAGUUGCUUCUUCAUCUUCCUUUAUGUAUGUGCCAUUAGUUGGUCAUCUUCUGCAACCAUCUCCUUGACCCAUGAGUUCCCCUCAAACAGCAGAACCUCGACAGCAGCCUGCCCUGAACUGUGACGUCGACACGCAGGCUGCAGACCCUGGAAUUGGCUGGGGGCGUGACGGGAUUUGAACUCGUAGGUGAGGAUGACCAUUAAAGACUGGAACCUAUGCGUUUGUUUUGAAACAUUUUGUGUAAGAAUCAUGUAUGGUUAUGAAAUGUAUUAUAUACUGCUCCUUUUGUUCUUAAAAAGGAUGUUUAUGCUUAUGAGAAGAGCUUAGCUUCUCCCAAGUGCCAUAUAGGUAUAUGCACUAAAAAAAGCAAAAGCA